CGCGCAGCAUCACUUCUCCAGCACAAGCAGGGCCUCAUACACGUCUCCUGUAAAGCUUAUUCCUGCACUCUAGAACCAUGGCUGACACCGCAGCAACUACAACCCCUGCUGCAGCUAAGAAAACCUCCAAGAAAGUGGCGAAGAAAGCUGUUGCUCACCCUAAGUACUCUGCUAUGAUUGCUGCCGCCAUCGCCUCUCUGAAGGAGCGCAAUGGAUCUUCCCGCCAGGCUAUUUUAAAGUACAUUGUUGCCAACUACAAAAUCGAGGAGAAGGCUGUUGCUACCCAGUUGAAGCACGCCCUCAAGCGUGGAGUGUCAUCUGGCGCCCUCAAGCAAGUCAAAGGUGCUGGUGCCUCUGGCUCCUUCAGAAUCAAUAAGCCUGAGGACAGUGCCACUCCCAAGAAGCCCGCAGCUAAGAAAACUGUUGCCAAGAAGCCUGCACCCAAGAAGGCCACCACCCCUAAGAAGCCUGCAGCUAAGAAGGUCGCUAAGAAGUCCGCCGCUAAAGUCACCACACCAAAGAAGCCAGCAGCUAAGAAGGCCACUAAGAAGCCUACUCCAAAGAAGACAGCAAAGAAGCCCGUAGCAAAGAAGGUUGCUAAGAAGACUACGAAGAAGUAGUGUCCUAAAGUGUUCAGAUUUAAGGUCAUCUUAAGGUGAAUUUUAUCAUUAAUACUCCGUUGGAGUAAAUGUAUAGUAUAUCUAAGGUUAAAGUGACAUUUAAGUUUGUACCUGAAAAACCCUUGUUAAGGGUAGGAGAUCUCUUGUAUAUAAUUUUUCUUAUUAAAUGUUUUUUUGUAGCA